AUGGUUCAGAAGGCUCCAUACCUAUUUGGGAAAUUUUUGGACCCUUUUUGUGCUUUAAUAGUCGGGAGCUUGAGUUAUGCUGUAUAUGAGAAACAAAACGGCCGUGAAGAAGGGCACUCUUUGAGCCAACUGCUCAUGAAGAGAUACGGCCAACCUAAAUAA